AUGGCUUCGGGGCACAGCAGCAUAACAGCUAUGGAUCAAUCGCCCUUUAUACGCACACAUCAUAACAUAUCACCCACACUGCAGUUCAACCAAGGUAUACAGGAAGAUGAUGAACUGAGUGAUUUCGAUCUUGAUAGUGAAACCAGGGAAUUUAGCAAUGCAUCGAACAACUUAAGAUUUUAUUCCUCCAGACAAUCUCCUGGGUUAACACGAAGUGUCGGUACGCUAAAUUUAUCGCUUGAAAACACAGGAUUAAAUGCCGCGGCACUAUCGUCUGGAGAGACUCUAUCACGGAUCCAUGAGGAGGACGGCGAGGAAGAUGGUGUAAGUGUUUGCUAUGAGCCCCCCGGAACAGUGGGGCGUGUUGGUGAGGAUGACUUGCACCGAAACAUGAAGCGGUGGAUUUCGUUUUCUCCGAAAUAUGAUAAAAAGCUGAAGAGGACUGCAAGUAAAUCCGAGGUAAGAACACCCCUGAUACCAGUGAACUUUCGAUCACUUGAGAAUGAUUCCAAUAUACAAAGAUUGUGGAUGGGAUCAGCAGCAAGUCCAUUCGGAAACAAAAGAAAAAUGCGGAAACCACUAGAACCACUCCAAUCAUUCACGGAUGUAAAACCAGACCAAUCAGCAUUCCAACAGAAAGGUCUUAUAUCGAAAUUACAUUCUAGUUUAUUCCCACAGAAGCUGGCUAUUCCGGAUACCCCCGUAAAAAGAUCACCGCAUUCUUCUAUAAUGGACUCACCGAUGGACUCAUCUACGUAUCAUUCUUUGACCACUGUUCACGAUUCCAAGUUUUUAAAGCAUUCCCCCCCAGUAAUACCACCUAGUAUGUCUCCCAUAAAUAGUUCUCCGACCCAUCCCCUUAGAUUACAGCGACCUUGCAGUGCAAGAGACCACCAUAUGCAAAGGAAAAAACGAUCUAAAGUUAUUAAAAACACGGAGUUGGCAAAUAAGCUGCAACAAUUCACAGAUGAUUUGUUUGGAAAUAGUGAUGAGGAUCCACUCUUUAAUUCUUCACCUCUGGAAGGUUCAAAGAAGCCAGAAGUUCUACUGAAUGCGAUGAAGUCAUACCACCAGUCACCCACAAGAUUUACUUUACAACAUUCACAGUGCAAACAUAUGACCAAACACCGAUCAAUCAACGCCACCUUGCGUAAUCCGGAUGAACAUCUCUCCACCAGGUUUUCGUAUGUGACUAUGAUUGGAAAGGGCCAAUUUUCUACAGUAUACCAAGUAUGUUUCCCAGAAACGCAAAUGAAAUACGCUAUUAAGAGCAUGGCGCCAAAAAAGCACAAUCUCAAAAGUCGCAUUAUACAGGAAAUAAGGUUACUUUCAGAAAUCAGCGCCGAAACACGAGAUGACGAAGGAAAGGAGUAUAUCAUCCAGUUUAUAUCCUCAUGGGAAUAUCAGGGAUCGUUUUACCUCAUGACCGAACUAUGUGAAAACGGUAAUUUGGAUCAAUUUCUUCAGGAGCAGCUGGUAGCACGCUCCAGACGAUUAGAAGAUUGGAGGAUUUGGAAAAUAAUAGUAGAGAUUUGCCUUGCCUUGAGAUUCAUACAUGACUCAUGCUCUAUUGUACACUUAGAUCUUAAGCCAGCAAAUAUCAUGAUCACCUUCGAAGGAACUUUGAAAUUAGGCGACCUUGGCAUGGCCACCAAGUUGCCGCUGGUUGACAAAAAUUUUGAAAACGAGGGUGACAGAGAAUAUAUUGCCCCUGAGAUAAUAUCUGAUAGCAUAUAUGACUUUAAAGCGGAUAUUUUCUCUCUAGGCUUAAUCAUUGUAGAAAUCGCUGCAAACGUCGUUUUACCUGAUAACGGCAAUGCAUGGCAUAAGCUCAGAUCUGGUGACCUCUCUGACGCAGGUCGACUGAGCAGCACCGAAAUAUAUUCAGACUCUAUUUUCUCAUCCAAUAACAUAAACAAUACCCAUCUCACAGAUACAACCCGCCCCAGUUAUAGUGUGGGUAGUGGUCUAAUCAAAACUAAUACCCCUGCAUGGGUGCCUAGGUUCCUGAUCGACACCGACUCUCUUGAAAGAAUGGUCAUCUGGAUGAUCGAGCCAGAUUACAGAAAACGCCCUAGUGCAAAAGAAAUCCUGCAGACAGAAGAGUGCCAGUAUGUGGAACUAACCAGAAAAGCUGGCGCCGUUAUCCAAGAAGAUGACUUUGGUCCCAAGCCUGAAUUUUUUGCCUAA